CGUAAGGUGCGCAGGCCUUUGUGUGACAAUGGGGGCAGGUGCGAGAUAAUAACAUCCUAAACCGAAGACCUCUCAUUACAUUCAAUAAUAACUGUGUAAAAGACGGAAUAUUAAGAUAUAAUGAAGAUCGUAGGCGUUUUAUACUUGAUUAUUGCUGUAACUUUCGCUAAUGCGGCCAACAUAAAACGACAGUCACAGUGCAAUGUCCUUCCUAACAUCUGCCCCCAAACGUGCCUCGUCACUUUGGGAGGGUGUUCCCAUUGCGUCAGUUCCUGUGCUACAAUACUUGGAUAUCAGAAUCCAUCGGGGUACCCAGCGGGGGCAAACAAUGGCGGCUCACUAUCUUACAGUUUUUUGAAUGGCGGAGGAGCUUCGAAUAGCGGAAGUGGUUCGUCUUUUUUGUCACCGAACUCCAUGAAUUCUUUCUCAUCUUCAUCCGGGUUAUCCAGGCCUGUGAACUAUAACCCCGGAAAUUUAGGACCCAGUAACCCCUAUCUUAGUUCCGGAUUCGGAAGUUCUUCAACCGGAACUAAUUAUAAUCCAGCAAAUCCCGGACAAACAAACAUAGGGAUUCCCAUUGGAGCCAAUGGCGUCUUUGGUCCACAACCAAGCGGGUACAAUGGCGGACAGGUGUCUGGUCCUGGGAACCAGAUUUCUGGAAAUCCAGUCAAUCCUCUGUCAGUACACACGACUCAAGCGCCACCUACCUCAACAACACCCGUUCGAACAACAGCGACGGGAGCGACUCAGACCUGCCGACCAAUAUCUUGUCCUGACAUACAAUAUGUCCACUACAUCAACGGCUGUCCGGAGUGUAUCAUUCCGACUUCGCCCACCUCUACAACAACACCCAGACCGACCGCCACACCGAGACCGACCUGCGCCCCCUUGCGGUGCGUAGCGCCAUGUGAUAAAGGAAUUGGUAUAGGGCCUGCGGGCUGUCCUAUUUGUUUAUGUAAAUAAAGUCAACCAAAUUUCGAAAGCCUUGAG